UGCAUUUCUGAUAGCAAACAUGGCGUCGUCGCCAAUUUCUGGCUGAUUUUUUUGUUGUCAAAAAAAAGUUGCAGAAAAUUUUGCAAUAAAGUCGUGUGAAAUGUGAAAUAUGUUAAGUGAAAUUAAGCAGAGUGCAUUGUAGCAACCAGCAGCAUAGCGAGGCAGGUUUUAAAGAUAUCGGAUAGAGGCAAUGGCUGCCGCUGCUGCAGCAGUGCCAGCUGCAAACACAACAACAACGACAACACCUGCAAAUGCAAAUGUAAAUGUUAAUUUAAAUGCAAAUGCAAAUGCACCUGCAAUCGCGUCCAGCAGCAACGCGGCGCAAUUUCGGGAAAUUCAUAAAAAUACAUGGUUGAAAAGACUGACGGCCGAUGGAAAGAAACUAACCGUUGGGCCCAAGAAAUCCGAGUGCAGCUGGGUGGUAUUCUGCGUGCAUGAUGACACCGAUGCCCUGCUGGAGGGCUAUGCUGAGCCGCGACAAGCGGCCGCCCACAUGCCCGAGUGGGCGGUAUCACUGCGGGAUACGCUGCACAUAUCACACGCCUUGAUACCCAAUUCCCAUGAGUUUGAGUUUGUCGUAACACUGAGCAAUGAAGUGUUGCGCUUUCAUGCCGCGUCAUGGGAGACUAUGCAAGAAUGGGUGGAAACGUUGCGUUCCAAGCUACGAGAAAUGAAAAUUCUGUCGCCUCGUGAAAAUUUAUACACAAAGUUACCUGAAGUACGCGCUCCAUUGCUGCCAACGCGUGAUCCAACAUCUCCAUUGCCGGCACCGCCACCUGUGCCGGCGGCUAUAGUGCCAGGCGUGGAGCGUAUUCCGGCCCAUCAGCAUCAGCAGCCAGCCGCAGUCAAUGAGCAAGCGUCCAGAGCGACUGCAGCCAGUGCAGUCAAUUCAGUCAUAGAAGCUGCCACAACAGUAACACCUGCUCCUCCUGCUCCUGCUCCUCCUCCAACAACAACAACAGCCAUGUCCAAUACAUUAACACAACAUUUGCUGAACAUGCUGUCGGAUCCCAUUAGCACAUACAGCGAACAAAUUAGCGAAACACAAUCGCCAACUGUCGUCGAUGAUGUGGAGGACGCAACAAAUGCGACUGUAACAGCAACACCAAACGAUAUAGCAGCUAAUAUCAAUCUGUCCGAUGAUGAAUUUGUAUCCCCAAUACUGCGUAACGGUGUGCGUGUGGAUGUGACCAGCUCAUCUGCCCAGCGCAUCUCAGCUGAUCAAAUCUUAAAUUUCGAACAAAUGUUACAAUGCGAACGUUUAAUACCUAGGCCACAAACGUCACGCUCUAUGUCAGCAGGUGCUGCUGAUAAGACGAAGAGGCCUCAACGCAAAUCACCGCAACCCAAAGUCCAACAGGUUGCCGUCGAGGAGACGCAAGAUAACAACAUCACAAUUAUACAAGUCUCUAAUACGAACAAUACUAAUCCAGCAGGACAACCGCCCGAAUUGCCGCCCAAGAACAAAAUAAUUGCGGAUAUAUUUCGUUUUCCUGAAAUCAAUGCAAAGGCUAAAACGAAAACUCAGCCACAAAACGAUUACAAAAGUAACGUACAAAUUAUACCGUCCAAUUCGAAUACUAUACAGGUGCUGAGUCAACCCAGCAGCAGUAGCAGCAGCAAUCCCUACACCAUUCCAUUAAAACCUGUUUCCAAUGCUUCCACUACAUUAAAUCAAAAUGCCUCCACGACUGUCAGCAAUAACACCACAAUGGUCCAGGUGCUAGCAGAUGGUGAGGCAAUGACAUCGCCAACUGCAACCACCACUGUUGCUGUCUACGGCACCUGCUACCCCACAACAACAGCGAGCGGUCAACAAAGCGCCAACAAACCGCAAACACCAAAGGUCAGCAAAAAGAUUAUACUCAGCGCCAACAGCUCAGGCAUAACCAACAUAAGAAUUAACAAUGAGCAGGCGAACGAUGCCAGUGUUAUCAGUGGCAAUGUGCACUACGAGAAGGUAUUCCUCUCAUCGAGUAUACCUGUGAGUAGCAGCAGUCCAACGGCUAUGCGGGAGGAGCGACCAACCAGUAGCCAUGUGCAGGCACAGAGCAAUGCUAUUGUUAACGUGGAAAGCAGGCCAACAACGACGACGACAACAACACCAAUGCCAACAGCAGUAAACGGAAGUCCAGCCUUACCACGCCGUGGCAUUGUCACUGCAUCACAAACGCCGAGCAAUGGACGUGUAAUGCCCCAACUAACUCGUGGCUUAACGGAGCUCGUCAUCAGUACGCGACCCAGCCGACGAGAUUUCCACUAUCUAAAGAUGCUCAAUACGCCGCUUAAAACCAAGCCACUGCAGAAGACAAGCGGCGCUAAUGCCAACAAUAAUAUGGAACAAAAUGUGACGCAUACGCCCAGUGCCAGCAGUACGACGCCUGGACAAAGUGGCAAUGUUGCCGUUAACUCCGUUGUUGAAAGCAUUGAGCAGCGCAGGCGCAGCUCGUCCACAUCUGAUGCACAAGCGCCAUUGCAACGCGGAGCGGGAGCGACAGUAACAGCAUCAACCCAGACAAGCAGUCAACGUGGCGCCAACAACAAUGAGUUUGUGCCCGGACGCACUAUAGCAUCGAGUGCCUUUCGCAUACAAUCUCCACCCCAGGCAAUAUCACAGUCGAGCGGCGGCAACAAGCGUUUAACGCUGCGUGAGCAGCAGGUGAUGCAACUGCGUCGGGAAAUCAUGCAUCCGGGUGGUGUACGUUUAAACUUGCGGCGCAAGGACUGUGUCGGCUCCAUUGCCUGGGUAGAUGCAUUCGGAGGCGUCUGGAUCGCAGGCUGGAAGCAAAAGGAACAUCCGGUCCUCUACAAUGCACUCCAUAUUGGCGAUCAACUGCUCUCGAUUGCGGGAGUUAGCAUUAGCUCCGCCGCCGAGGCAAAUAAAAUUAUACGGAAUACAAACACGCUAUUUGUCGAAGUGCUGCUCCGUCGCAUCCCCUUUGGUCGCGCCUAUGCCAUACGCCGAGAUCGCGAGGGUCAAUGCUUGGGACUUAUACGCGAUGGAAAUACCUCAACCAUUGUUGAUGUGGUACCCAACAGCUUGGCAGCGAGGCAUGGAUUGCCGCCCAAGACACAGUCAUGUGAUGGUACUGCCCUCACAUUUUGGAUACUCACGGAAAUAAACGGACGACCGCUAAAUCUAUUCUUUAAGGAUUUAGAGAUACGUGAUCGCCUAAAUUCGGUAGGCAGGGAUAUAUCGAUAUUGGUGCAACCAUCGGAUUUGAUAACCAAAUUGAAGAAGCAGCUGAAAUCGUUGCGCGGCUACAAGGAUUAUCUAGUACAGUAGAUGUCGGCUACAGCCUCACUUCAAAAGUGGUCGCUUUUAUUUUAUAUAGAUAUAGAGGAAUAUAUAUAUACAUACAUACAUACAUAUGUGUAGGAACUCAAAACUGUUAUACUAUGUUAUACGUGUAUAUUUUUGUAUAACACUGGGCCAGAUAACCAUUCCAAUUCCGAGUAAAAUUUGCAUGUUUACUUAAACAGACAGAAAGCUAUAUAGUCAUCUUUUAUAUGUAGUAACCUUAUACUAAAUACUUAUAGACAAGGAUAUGCGAGUAUAAACGGAAACAACAUACAAAAAAUAAGAACAAAAACAUAUAUAUUUUUGCAACUUUUAUAUAACUAGUUAUAUGGAAAACUAUAUAAGGCAGUCACUUUAAGAUAUGCACAUCAAAAUUGUUUGAAUAUUAUAGAAACGAAAUUAUGAAAAUUUACAAGAAAGCAAAAUCAAAUGUUUAUGAUAAUUUAAACACAUUUCAAUUUUCAAAUAUUUUAUUCGUAAAUUAAAUUGAAUAUACAUAUACAUAUAUACAUACAUAUAUAUACACGCGUAUUAUAAACCUGUGCAACUUAGUAUCCUUAUGCAAUAUUAGAGUGCCUCUGAUUUUGUUCUAUAUUUGUGUUUUUUAUUUGUUUUCAUGUAAAAGACAAAAAAAUACAUCUAUGUAACUUUAAGAUGUGAUAAACUGAGUACUCAAAUUUAGGCAAUUUUAAAAAGGUACAUUUGUAAAUGCUUUUUGAUUUGUUUUAAAUACAUAUAUGAUUUUAUGUUA